CAAUUUCGUUGGAGAGCAUGGACAGUAGUAGGCGACAUCACAUAGGAUCAUCCCGCUAUUGCGGCGUAGUGAGUGUGUACCUUCGCUUGUAGACGUUAGAGCUGAGAAUCCACUGCUGCGUAUCUGACCUAACAUUAAGCUUCUUAUCCCAGAAACCCAGAAAAAAAAUGGAGAACUUGAUGGCGUCCAUGAUUUCUACAACCCUACCACCGAUCGUGAACGCCCGUGACACACUAUCAAAAUUCUCACCGAGAAACGCCACAUCCUCAAUUCCCUCACCAGUAAAGCUCCACCCAAGAAUCACAGACUCACAUUUGAAUUACCUGUGCAAAAUGGGUCGCUUGAGUGAGGCCGUAAUGGCUCUUGAAUCCAUAGGUCAACAUGGAUCCAAGGUUCAUGCGCAUAUUGAUUUGGUCGAAGAAAAAACCCCAUUUCUCGAUACCAAGUUGGUUAGUAUGUAUGCUAAAUGUGGAUCUUUAAGGGAUGCACGUAAACUGUUUGAUGAAACUCGGGAUAAAAACUUGUAUACAUGGUCGGCGAUCAUUGGUGCGUAUUCCAGAGAGCACAGGUGGAAGGAAGUUGUGGGGCUUUUUUAUAUGAUGAUGGAAUACGAUUGUCUACCUGAUGGAUUUUUGUUGCCUAAGAUAUUGCAGGCGUGUGGAAAUUGUAGGGAUAUUAAGACCGGUGAAUUGGUACAUUCUUUGGCGGUCAAAUGUGGAGUGGAUAGCUUCCCAUUUAUUAAUAAUUCGAUUUUGGCUGUGUAUGCAAAGUGCGCGAAAUUGAGUUUGGCAAGGAGGUGUUUUGAGAGCAUGGAAAAAAGAGAUAAAGUGGCUUGGAAUACUAUGAUAUCUGGGUAUUGCCAAAUUGGUGAGAUUGAGGAAGCUCAAAGAUUGUUUGAUGAAAUGUAUGAAGAAGGGAUCAAGCCAUGUUUAGUAACUUGGAAUAUAAUGAUAUCUGGUUAUAAUCAGAUAGGUUGUUGUGAUGUUGCAAUGGAAUUGAUGAAGAAAAUGGAGAAUUUGGGGAUAAAUCCUGAUGUUGUCACCUGGACAUCAAUGAUCUCAGGGUUUGCUCAAAACAAUAGGACAGAUAAGGCACUCGAUUUGUUGAAUGAGAUGAUUUUGGCGGAGGUUGUACCCAAUGGAGUUACCAUUUCCAGUGCACUUUCAGCAUGUGCAUCUCUGAAAGUAUUAAAUCAAGGGUUAGAAAUUCAUGCACUCGCUGUUAAGAUGGGUUUUACUGAUGAUGUGCUAGUUGGAAAUUCACUUAUUGAAAUGUAUUCAAAGUGUGGUGAACCUGAAGCUGCUUCGGAGGUCUUUGAUAUGAUGUCAGAGAAGGAUAUUUAUAGUUGGAACUCGAUGAUUGGAGGAUAUUGUCAAGCUGGAUAUUGUGGUAAAGCCUAUGUGCUCUUUAUGCAAAUGCAAAAAUCUGAAAUACAACCUAAUGUCAUCACGUGGAAUAAUAUGAUAUCUGGAUAUAUACAAAAUGGAGAUGAGGAUCGAGCCAUGGAUCUCUUUCGAAGGAUGGAGAAAGAUGGGAAAAUGAAGCGGGAUACUGCAUCAUGGAACUCUCUUAUUUCUGGUUAUUUGCAAAUUGGACAAAAGGACAAGGCAAUGAGCAUAUUUCGACAAAUGCAGUAUUGUAGUGUUAGUCCCAAUACUGUUACCAUUUUGAGUGUCUUACCUGCUUGUGCAAGUUUAAUUGCUCUAAAAAAAGUAAAAGAGAUCCACGGUUGUGUGUUGCGCAGAAAUCUAGUAUCUGUACUUGCAGUUUCAAACUCACUGAUUGACACUUAUGCAAAAUCAGGGAACAUAGGAUAUUCAAGAACCAUAUUUGGUAGAAUGUUAUGGAAAGAUUUCAUUACCUGGAACACACUGAUUGGGGGUUAUGUUUUAUAUGGUUGUUCAGAUGCUGCCCUUAAUCUUGUUGACCAGAUGAGAAAGCUGGGAAUUAAGCCAAACAGAAGUACUUUUGUGAGUAUUAUUCUUGCACACAGUCUUGUUGGAAUGGUGGAUGAGGGGGAGCGAGCUUUCUCUAGCAUGAUUGAAGACCAUCAAAUUAUACCUUCUUUAGAACAUUAUUUAGCUAUGGUACACUUGUAUGGUCGUUCUGGUAAGCUCAAAGAGGCAUUGAAAUUUAUUGAGGAUAUGCCAAUGAAACCUGACUCCUCUGUUUGGUCUGCCUUGCUAACUGCUUGCUUCAUUCAUGGCAAUUUCGGCCUGGCAAUCCAUGCAGGGGAAAGUUUACUUGACUUGGAACCAGCGGAUUCUUUGAUCCAGCAGUUAGUUUUGCAGGCACACAGUUUAUGUGGAAAACCUGGAGAUUCUUCAGAAGUGAAAAGAUUUGAGAAGGAUUUCAAAGUACCAAAACUCAUUGGACAUAGCUGGAUUGAAGUAAAAAACGUUGUGCAUUCUUUUGUUGCUGGUGAUGGGUCUAAAUCAUGCUCAGACCACCUAUUUUCUUGGAUUGAAAGUGUGUCAAAAGAAGUGAAGGCAUUUGAUCUACAUCGCGGGUUUUACAUUGAGGAAGAAGAGAGUGAAGAAAUUAUUGGUGUGCAUAGUGAAAAACUUGCAUUAGCUUUUGCCUUUGUUUGUGGGCCUUCUGCACCUCAAAGUAUAAGAAUUGUGAAAAACCUGAGAAUGUGUGGGGACUGCCAUUGGAUGGCUAAAUAUAUUUCUAUGAAAUAUGGAUGUGAAAUAUAUCUGAGUGACUCAAAGUGCUUCCACCAUUUCAAAUCUGGGCGUUGUUCCUGUGGCGAUUAUUGGUAGGGUGAAAAAUGUUGACAAAUCUGUGAAUUGGGAUUUGCGUGACGGAUCAGUUCCAAUGAUAACACAUUUGCUCUGGAUAUUGUGCAAGCUGCCAUGGAUCUUGGUGCUGCUUUCUGUUGCAGAAGGUUCACAUAAUCUGGGGUCCUUCUAUUUUCAUGCAUUUUGUACUAAAUCAACUCAUUUGGAACUUCAAAUGCCAUUGAAGAAUCUAGGAGCCCUUGAGCAGGUCUGUUGGCAGAGUCGCUUCUUUCAUGCCCAGUCCAUUGUGUUGACAGGUACAAUUAUUGAUGUUUUUGAAAUGGAAGUUGUGUUACUGAUUCUGAAUGUUUUUGAGCAGAUAAGCUUUUGAUAAUGUCACAGCGCACUCGAACUAGUUGACAACCAUAUCAAGAAUUUUCGGUGUUUCUACUGUCUAUGGUCACCAAGCACAUUACUUUAAGCAGCACAAAGAAAUAUGUGCUUUCGGAAACACAGGCGAGAAUAUUACGUUCUUAAGCGGCCUCGAAACUGGGGGACCGCAUGAGGAGGCAAACCAGUAAUGGAGAAGUGAAACGUUGGCAAAAAGAUUCUUCUAGUUCCCAGUAUGUAUAAAAGUUUUUUCACAAGCUCUUUAUAUGUUUAUAGUGAAUUCUUAAGGAUAAUAUAUUCUGAGAAAGAAAAACGUUUGAAGAGCUAGAAAUUUCUGUUGUAUUUGCAUUCAGCAGUUUAUAUGUAAAUCAGAUGCAACCUGAACCUGUGGCUGAUGUUGCAAGAUAAAUAAUGAUUUCGGAAACCCAAAAA